UACGAAUUAAUUAUUUGAAGGUUGUCUAAUCAAAACAGUCUCUUGCAAAAGUUUGUUGCCUGGAUAUGUCAAGCUGCUAUUCCAAAGGGUUAGAUGGAGUCCAUCCUAACUAUUCCUAAGCCUAAAAUACUGUCACUUCUGCCUACGUCGUCUCUACAAUUGUUGAAGAACUUGAAUUAUUGGAUUCACAAUAGGCUCAUUUUCAAUUGUGAUCAACUCCAAAAUUCUAAAAGGGAGUACAAUUAAUCCAAAUCUCCAUGGCAACCAUACACUCAAAUACCAAUCCCAAUCUCAACUCUAACGAACAAAUCAAGCUCAACAUCGGCGGCAAAAUCUUCGUAACCACCACAACCACCCUCCAAUCCACCUUCCUAACUUCUCUCUCCACCACAACUCAACCCAUCUUCAUCGACCGCGACCCACAAAUUUUCUCUUCUCUUCUUUCCCUCCUCCGUGCUCGCCGCCUUCCUUCCACCAUUUUCAGCCAUUUUUCCUACCAGCAACUCCUCAACGAGCUCCAGUUCUAUGGCAUCCAACCCCCUUCCUUUCUAUCUCCUCCCCCUUUUUUGCCUUUCGACGCUUCCUUCAUUACCUCUCUCAUACCUCCAUCUUCUCCAAUCAUCUCUGCUUUCUCCGCUUCUUCUUCUAUCGUCCUUGCUCAUUCUGGGCAGAUCUCGUUUUAUGAUCCUUUUACUCUUUCUUACUCUUCUACUGUUCGUACCCAUCUUGAUUAUAUUUCCUCUGUUGGGCCAAUCUCUCCUGAGAUUUCUGCUGUUGGGUCGUUUUCUUUUUCUGGACUUCAUUUUUACUCUAAGAAGAAUCACGUGGGUUCUGUUUAUUGGGAGGAUGAUUCUGAUACUCGGGUUCGUAAAUCUCGUGUAACCGCUGUAGUGGGGGAUGCAGGGGAUUCGGUGUUUUCUGCUGCAUUUGAGUGUCAACAUGGGGAGAAUGCUGUUCUUAUAAUUGAUAAAUCUACACUAAAAGUUGUGGCGGAAAUUGGUAGACAGUCCGGUAAUUCGUCUAAAUCUUCUGCUAUUAAGAAACUUAGGUGGGUCCCACAAGUAGGAUUGUUGGUAGGAAGCUCGGUGAAUUGUGGGGCGUUUGGGUACUCAGGUUAUGUCCGGAUUUGGGAUCCGAGGUCAAUGGAGAUGGUAUGGGAAACUAAUGAGCCGGGUGGGGUGAUUCGGAGCAGUAGAUUGGGGGAUACAAUGGCAGAUGUUGAUGUUGAUCCAGACGGGUUAUUUUUGGCGAAAGUGGGUUCUAAAACAGGUGAUUUGGGUGUGGCUGAUUUGAGGAAAUUGGGUGCGGACCCAUGGGUGUAUUUGGAGGAUCCAAACCUGGGUUUGAGAGGCAAUUGGAAGAUCGAGGGAAGUGUAGUUGUGCAUUGCGAUCAGGGAAAUGUGUUCGUUGGAAGAGAUGGGGGAUUGGAAGCUUGGUCGAGGGUUCCAGAUAGAGAAGUUACAGAGGAAGGAGAGGGAGGAGAGAGGAAAUGGGGUUUGUAUAGGAGGAAUUAUGUAGAUAAGGUGGAGGAUGCAGAGCGUGGGAUCAUUAGAAGUAUUGAAGGAGGUGGAAAUAGGCUGUUUGUUACAAGGGAAAAUGUUGAAGGUGUUGAAGUUUGGGAGACUUCUCAUUGCUCAGACAAUACUGCUCCUUUGCCCGAAUCUCUAUCAGAUUAUAGUCUUGACUUUGGUGUUCGAUGUUCUUGCUUACGUUGGUGAGAUAGUGCAGCGGCAUUUCUGAAGUUGCAAGUAGAAGUAACAUAUUAAUCUUUGUAGUUAUACAGUUCACACCCAGAGGCCAAAUGUGACGGGCUCUUCUCUGUCUUCAGCUAUAAUCACCUGCAAGCGUCACUGCACAGAAGAAUGUAUCACUCGCUCGAUACAAGUGUUGUCUUUCAUAAUCCUUAGGCUUGGUGCAUUUGUAUGUUGACUCAGUAACGUCGUGCCAUCGAUCGAGGAAGUAUCUUGCCUGUCAUCUUACGUUGAUUAAAAUAGUGGCUUGUGCGGAGUUUUCUUAUGCUUUCAAGUUUCAUGAUAAUUUGUCGUGUGCUUGACAAAACCAAAAACCAUGGAAAAAUGGAAAUGUCUUCCAAGGAACAAAUGCCCCUAAAGCCUUGAAAUGUAUCCAUGAUUGUUUGACCUCUAUGGCUUCGUUGGCCAUUCUUAUGAUAUUAAUAUUAAAAUUAUAAAA